AUGGGAAACGCAAACACAAAGGAGUCCCGCGGCGAUGACAGCGGCCGCCGUGGCCUCCACUCCGCCCUCGCCGACGCCGGUGCAGGCUCGUCGACACAGUCUGGCAGAGAGUCAUCUAGGAGGAACCGCAAUACCAGACACGAUCUCACCGGGCUUUUGGGGCGCGCUGCAGGAGGUUCGAGCUCGCAUGCCGACGAGCGCCAUGAACGCAAGGAGACGAAACAGGAAAGGGAGGCCAGGAGGCUGGAAAAGGAGCGGGUUGCCCGGCUACAGGAGCGAGAGCGGAGCAUGAAGGAGGAGCAUGUCGAUGGUGGUUAUCUCGUCACCAUGGGCACCUACGUCGGGCCUGAGGACUUUAACAAACAGAUCGUCAGGCAGUUGAUGAUUGAGCGUAAACUUGCUCCCUUCUGGCGAGGACUAAACGAUGUCGACGGGGACUGGACCGAGUCCCAAAUCAUCGCUGCCGCACGAGGCCUGCCUAUUCCCGCCGCCGGCGAAACUCCCUCGGAUGAACUGAUUCCACGACCGCGCUCACCUGCCUCACCGACCGACGCGAAUUCGAAUAUCAACCACUUGACAGUGCCGAUGGACGGUCGCAGCCUGUCGACAACUUCCGAGCAUAGCGCAUCCAAUCCGGGUUCUGCGCUGCCCUCUCCCGGUUCCGGCAAAGGGAGCAGUUCUCCUUUCAAGCCCACACGGGGAAAGGCUAUUGCUGCGGUCUUGGGAGGAGGAAGUUCCCGCAAUGCCUCGAGUACGGAAAUCGUGCCCCGCGAAAUCAUGCUGCCCAACGACCCUUUUGUCAACGGACAACCUCUCGAAGUCUUCCUCUACAAGAACGCUACCGAAUGCCCGAUCUGCUUCUUGACAUACCCGCCAUACCUGAACCACACCCGUUGCUGCGACCAGCCCAUUUGCAGCGAAUGCUUCGUCCAGAUCAAGCGGCCGGAUCCGCAUUUCCCAGAAGGACACAACGAGAACGACCCGAAUAACAACCCCGAGGAGUCCGCCGGACUCUUGGUAUCCGAGCCUGCCUGCUGCCCCUACUGCACGCAACCCGAUUUUGGCGUUACUUACGAGCCGCCGCCAUUCCGUCGCGGUCUGACCUAUGGAAUUUCACCCCUAGCCCUGGGAAGCACAAGCGCAGCCAUGUCAUCCGAAAGUUCGGUCAACUCUGGAUCUCUGUCCCCCGGUGUUACUUUACCAGGUGGCCGUCGUCGUAACCAGUCAAUAUCCGCCAACGCACCGAAUGUCGUUCUGACGGAUAGAGUCCGGCCAGAAUGGGCAAACAAGCUGCAGGCCGCACGGGCGCACCUGGCGAGACGCGCUGCUGCUGCGACAGCUUUGCACACAGCAGCAUUCAUGAUGAACAACAACGAGUCCCGCGCGCUUAGGAGCCGCUUCGGGCGUAGAAAUACCGGAGGCUCUGGGUCAGCAUCGGCUACUCCUGGUAACGGCGAUGAGAACAGGGGUACCAGCCCAGCUGCUCCUGCUACUGCUGGUACUACAACCAAUACAGAUCGCGCUGCCGGUCCUGGCGGUAACGGAAACCGACGAAGCAGAUUGGAAGAUCUCGAAGAGAUGAUGUUCGCGGAAGCCAUUCGAUUGUCUUUGGCUGCAGAGGAGGAGCGCAAGAAGAAGGCCGAAAAGGAGGAACAGAAGGAGGCAAAGAAACGCGAAAAGGAACGGGAGAAGGCAGAGAAAAAGGCAGAGAAGGCAGCAGCCAAAGCCGCAGCGAAACAGGGCGGACCUUAUGAGGCAACCCGCAGUGGACACAGCUCGGCCAGUGGAAGUAGCCUGAGUCUACCUGGGCUGAGUUUCGGUAGGAAGCGUGGAAAUAGUGCUGCCAGCAACCUCCGAGUCGAAGCCAGCGUAGCCAGUGCUAUGGCAUCUACGGGCGCCGCCAUGUCGUCGACUGCAGCUCCUGGGGCGCUAGGCCCAGAUUCGAACACCAAGGAUAAGGGUAAGGGCGUUGAUAGAAGUGCGGGCGCGGCGAACGACGCUUCUGCUCCCUCCCGCCCCAAUCCGUCUCCCCAACCGACUCCCGGACCGUCGCAUUUGCGCCAGAUGAGCAGCGCCUCGUCGGUCUCUUCGUCUGCGGCAGAAAGUAACCAGGGCAGUUAUGUGCCGCCCUCCAACCUCCAGGAUCCCCAUGCGAGUGGUCUCAGUCUAGGUGGCCGUUGUGCAGUCAGUGAAGACGGCGACGAGCAGGACAGGGACCCAAGCACCAGCACGGAGCCCUUGUUCAACUUCCGUAGUUUGGCCGAGGUAGUAGACGUGAGCAUCGAGGGCGAGCACGCUGGCAAGCGGCUCAGUCAAAUCAAUGCUGACGGGCAGGCGACCGAGGGACAAGAUGACUCGAAAAAGUCGGGUGAAGGUGCCGGCGAGCAUGUGGAGCAUGUCUUCGAGUCACAGACCACCGGUCUCUCGGAGCAGGAUUCGGAGAUGCACUCGCAGCCGCCGCGAUUCACCAUCACGCUCGAUUCACCAGCGACAUCGGUCGAAGACGUCGGUACUACCAGCGACUCGAAGCAUGUCGGCAACGAGACCACUGUGGAGCAUGCGAGACAGGUCACGCAGUGA